CGAGAGACCGCGCUGCGCUGGCGUCCUCCACUCCACAAGGAAACUUUUGAGUGCCACGGGAGAGACCGAUUUGGCGGUUGCGCUUUUGGAAAGCAAGCGCAGCGACCGCCUUCUUCGCGGGGAGACAAGGCGUUGCGGCAGCAGGAGGAGAAGCGCAGAAAGAUCGCUUCGACAACCGUCCGGGCGUCGACAGCCUGAGUGCGGGAAGGUGAAGGCAGGAAGGGCCCCGCGUUGGCAACAGAAUGGAAGCGGCGGUGGCGGCGAGCCCCUCCCACGACGAGUCCAUCGACUAUUUGAUUGCUUGUUUCAGGUCCAGGAUCAAGAAUAACAUACAGGUGAAUCAAGUGCUGGACUUUAUGCCCACCCUGAGCUACGAGGAUAAAGAUCUUCUCCGGACAGCGGCGCAGAACAAGGGGAACGUCGAGGGCGCGGAACUGCUCCUGCGCAUCUUGGAGAAGUCGCGCGCGCCCGGCUUGCGCCAGGAAUUCUGCCAGGCGCUGACGCAGGGCGGCUUUGAAGCCGCCAGCUACUUGGACCCCAGCCUGAGGGCGCUGCCCUCCCCUUCCCUGGAGGCCGUCAACGACCUGGGCAAAUGCCUAGUGGACGUGUUCUUCGGCCACCUAGUAGAGAAGCUGAGGGCCACGCAGGUGGCCCUGUCGUGUGGACAGAAGGGUCUCUUCCAGGACGAGGACGUGGAGCAGAUUAAAGCUACUGAUGCUGCUCGGGGGAAUGGAGAAGCAGUGAGAGAAUUGUUGUACAGAAUAGUGAAAAAGAAACAAUGGUUCUCACCAUUUCUGGAAGCUCUGCGUGAAGCUAAGCAUGAGGAUAUUGCCGCUGAACUAAGCGGGGAGAAUGAACGUUGUGUAAAAGAGAUCAGUGCAGAUGUGGUUAUGACAACUGAUGAGCCCCUUACUUCUAAAAUUGUGAUGGGUCCGAAGCAGGAUGCCGAAUUAGAGCGCAGCUUGGCCAAUGAGGAGAAUGCCACAGAAGAAUCAUCUGGAGAAGCCACCGCAAUUUCAGAAUUGGAUGUCAGUUUGCUAGAUGCAAAUGUCAAUGACAUGAGUGAAACGUUUGAACAGAGCAGCCUCGUCAGCAAUGAUUCAGAUGAUGCUGAGGGUGGAGACAAAAGAAACUCACCUGAACCAGAACUGAGUCUCAGAGACUACCAGAUGGAGGUAGCCAAACCAGCCCUGGAAGGAAAGAAUAUUAUCCUGUGCCUACCUACAGGCAGUGGCAAGACACGAGUGGCUGUUUAUGUUGCCAAAGACCAUUUGGAUAAAAGAAGAGAAGCAAACAAGGAUGGGAAAGUUAUAGUGCUUGUCAACAAGGUUCCGUUGGUGGAACAGCAUUUCCGGAAAGAAUUUCACCCCUAUCUGAAACAUUCUUAUCGAGUAAUUGGGUUGAGUGGAUCAUCUCAGCUGAAAAUCUCAUUCCCUGAAGUUGUUGGAGGUCAUGAAGUCAUUAUCUGUACCGCUAAGAUUCUUGAGAAUGCAUUGCAAAAUGCAGAAAAAGAUAAAGAAGAAGGAGUCACGUUAUCAGUGUUUUCCCUGAUCAUUAUUGAUGAAUGCCAUCAUACUCACAAGGAAGGUGUCUAUAACAAUAUCAUGCGCCGUUACUUGAAAGUCAAGAGGGAGAAUGAGAAGCUAAGCAAAGCCGGCAAACAACAAAUUCCUCAGCCGCAGAUUCUAGGGCUGACAGCUUCACCUGGUGUAGGAGGUGCAAAAAACCCUUCGAAGGCUGAGGAGCAUAUUCUGAAAAUAUGUGCCAAUCUCGAUGCAACGAGAAUUAUGACCGUUAAAGAACAUGCCUUUCAACUGAAAAGUCAGGUGAAAGAACCUUCUAAGAAGUUUGACAUUGCAGAUGACAAAGGAAAGGAUCCAUUUAGAGAGAAACUCAUAAAAAUAAUGACAGAGAUCCAGGCCCAUUGCCAGUUCAACCCAAAUGCUGAGUUUGGAUCUCAGACUUAUGAACAGUGGGUAGUUCAAGAGGAGAAGAAAGCUGCUAAAGAAAAGAAUCGCAAAGAGCGUGUCUGCGCAGAACAUUUGAAAAAAUACAAUGAUGCCUUACUAUUUAAUGACACAAUCCGAAUGAUUGAUGCAUAUAACCAUCUUAACAAUUUUUAUAAAGAAGAGAGGAAUAAGAAGAUGGCAGUGAAUGAAGAUGAUGAGGAUAAGCCAGUAGCAUCAAAACCAGAUGAAAUGGAUACAUUUCUUAUACAUUUAUUUUACACCAACCAGAGGGAGCUGCAACAAUUAGCUACCAACGAACAAUAUGAAAACGAAAAGCUGUCAAAGUUGCGCCUAACAUUAAUGAAUGAGUUCACAAAGGGAAAUGAAGCAAGGGGAAUCAUUUUCACAAAGACUCGGCAAAGUGCAUUUGCCCUCUGUCAAUGGAUUAAAGACAACCCCAAAUUUGAAGACAUUGGAGUGAAGGCUCACUACCUUAUCGGUGCUGGACAUAAUAGUGAAUUUAAGCCCAUGACUCAGAAUGAACAAAAAGAAGUGAUUGAAAAAUUCCGCAUUGGAAAAGUCAACCUACUUAUUGCUACUACUGUAGCAGAAGAAGGCCUGGAUAUUCCAGAGUGUAACAUCGUUAUACGUUACGGACUUGUUACCAAUGAAAUAGCUAUGGUGCAGGCUCGUGGACGAGCUAGAGCGGAUGAAAGUACCUACGUGCUUGUGGCAUCGGGUGGAUCAGGAGCUCUUGAACGUGAAAAUGUCAAUAUGUACCGUGAGAAAAUGAUGCACAAAGCAAUUAGGAGUGUCCAAGAGAUGUCUGAAGAACAGUAUUUACGUAAGAUCCGAGGCUUCCAGUUACAAAGUAGAAUGGAGCUAAAAAUGAAAGCUAAGAAAGAACAGUGUAAAACAUACAAGGAAAACCCAUCCUUGAUUACGUUCCUCUGCAAAAACUGCACGGAGGAAAAAUGUUCAGGAGAAGACAUCCAGGUUAUUGAUGACAUGCAUCACAUCAGUGUCAAAAAGGGAUUUGCGGACCUUUAUAUCAUAAGAGAAAACAAGACCCUGCAAGCAAAAGAAGCAGAUUAUCAAACAAAUGGGGAAAUUAUCUGCAAAGAUUGUGGACAAGCUUGGGGAAAUAUGAUGGUGCACCGAGGUCUAGAUCUACCCUGCUUAAAAAUAAAAAAUUUUGUGGUUGUUUUCAAAGACAAGAAAAAUAGCUCAAAGAAUAUCUACAACAGAUGGAGAGAGCUGCCCAUUAAGUUUCCACCUUUCAGAUUUGAAGAACAGGAUGUGUCCAGUGAUGAAGAUUAAGAAGGCCCAAGAGAAUAUAAAGGCAGAAUUUUUCACAUUCUGUGGGCUCCGGGGCCAAAUUCACACAAGUGUGCUUAUGACUUAAUGACUCCAAACAUCAACUUAUAAGAUGCCUGUGGGACAAGAGCUUUCAGAUCACGUCAGGUUCCAUACUUCUGAAUGGAGGCAGUUUAUGCAGUUAGCUGUGAGUUAUUGAUGGAGAAGAAAUAUUGUGUGUUAUACAUGCAUGUUUACAUUAGCCCUAUGAGAUAUAUUUCAGGGCUUUGCCCUGAAUGGCAACCAAGAAAAAAUUUAAAUAUAUAAAAUAAAUAUUUUAGCAUCAGGAGAACACCAAGUGUGAAUAAAAUCAGUAUUUAGUGUUGAAUUAUUUUGCAUGGUGGUUUGCAUUCUAACCUACAGUGCUUGUCUUUGGUGGGACAAGAAGACCAGAGAGUUGUAAGGCCAAUAUGGAACCUAUUCACCAAACUACAGAAGCAUUAAGCAAAAACAUUUUCCCCAAUUAUUUUGUUACCCAAUGUGAAAUUAAUAUGUAUGUAUUUCAGCUACAUAACAUUUUUUACUUUAGGUUGUUUGAAGUGCAAUUUCUACAUGACAAUAAUAAAAAAUGGUAAAUCUA